AUGGCUGCAUCUCCGGCCAACCCUUGGGAGACGGUGCAACCCGCCCCUGAAGAGAGGGAGUCUUUCGAAUCUGUAAUACCGAUGGACAGGCGAAGCAUGGAUGAGAAGGACCCUGAGAAAGACGACAUCUCACCCGACCACAACCGAAUGCCGCCCACGCAGCGAGGUCCAUACGAAAGUGACAGCACCGAUGACGAUAUUGAGAGGCAGGAACAAGGUCGAAGUGUCCAAAAAGAGGGUGUAAAUCAGGAGGCCCGAGAUCCAAACCUAGUCGUGUGGAAUGGCCCUGAAGAUCCGGACAAUCCCAUGAACUGGCCCCAAUGGUAUAAGUGGCUCAUCACUGGUACAUUGGGGAUGAUGACUUUCUGCAUAACCUUCGCAUCGAGUGUAUUCAGUACCGCAACGAUGGUAACCGCACAGGUUUUUAAUGUGUCAACCGAGGUAAUGACACUUGGAACUUCGCUGUUUGUCCUAGGCUUCGCCUUCGGACCAAUCAUGUGGGGACCAUUCUCGGAGCUUUAUGGUCGGAAAUAUCCCCUCUUCUUCGGCUUCUUCGUCUUUGCCAUUUUCCAAAUCCCAGUGGCGGUGGCACAAAACUUGCAGACGAUCAUGAUCUGCCGCUUUUUCGGAGGAUUCUUUGGUUCAGCGCCGCUGGCCAUCGUCGGCGGAGCCUUGGCUGACUUCUGGGAUCCGAUUGACCGCGGCAUCGCCGUGUGCAUCUUCGCGGGUGCUACCUUCAUUGGUCCGGUCGCGGGCCCGAUCGUCGGCGGUUUCAUCACCAUGAGCCACCUCGGCUGGCGGUGGACGGAAUACAUCACGGCCAUCAUGGGCUUCUUCUUCGGGACGAUUGGCCUUUUCGUGGUUCCCGAGACGUACGCGCCGGUGUUGUUGCAGCGCCGGGCCAAGAAUCUCCGCUACGAGACGGGCAAUUGGGCGAUACACUCCAAGCAUGACGAACUGCGCGUCGACCUGAAGUCAAUUGGCAGGAAGUACAUCCUGAGGCCAUUUGCCAUGAUCUUUUUGGAGCCGAUCUUGCUCCUCGUUACACUUUACAUGGCAGUUGUGUACGGAAUUCUGUACCUCUUCUUCGAGUCGUACCCGAUCGCCUUCCAGGAGACGCGCGGGUGGAAUGAGGGCGUCGGAGCGCUGCCAUUCCUCAGCAUCACGGUUGGUGUGGUCAUCGGAGGAGCGGUGAUUGCCUUCACGACCAAGACGCGGUUCAAGCGCAAGAUGGAGAAGCACGGCAAGGUGAUCCCUGAGGAGCGGCUGAUCCCGAUGAUCAUCGGAGGCUUCUUGUUCCCGGCGGGCAUGUUCUGGUUCGCGUGGACGAGCAGUCCCAACAUCAAUCCCUGGCCUCAGAUCGUGGCGGGAGUGCCGAUCGGGGCGGGCAUCUUGAUGAUCUUCUUGCAAGGGCUCAACUACAUCAUCGACGUGUACAUGAUGAAUGCCAACAGCGCCAUUGCUGCGAACACGUUCCUGCGCAGCUUCGCCGGGGCAGGGUUCCCCUUGUUCGCGGUAGCCCUGUACCAUACUUUGGGUGUGGAUUGGGCAACUUCGCUAUUGGCCUUCAUUGCCGUCGCCCUGUUCCCAGUGCCGAUCCUGUUCUACAUGUACGGAGCCAGGAUCAGGAAGCUGUCACGCUACAGUCCGUCCGCAUGA